AAAAAAAAAAAAAGAAAAAUCAUGGAAUUGUUGGAAUUGUUUUGGAUGAUAACUUGUGUGUGAGUGGGUUUUGUUUCAAAGAUAUUUUAGGCUUUGUGCUUGUGGAUUAGCGAGUCUGUUGCUAUGAAUGUAGAUUGUGUCGACUAUUGCAUGUAAGUUAAAUUUGAUAAAUUUGUUGUUUCUUUCGAUGAUUAGUAUCUUACUUGAGGAUAGGUUCUUCUUGGUUGAUUAUUUCCGUUUCUUGCUAGAUUUCUCGACUUUUCCUUAAUAUUCUCUAAUUAAUUUGUGAUUUCCAUGUUGAUGGGCGAAAGUAAAAAGGGGUUAUCUAAAUGUUGUGUUGAAGGUUCUCUUGCUGCUGAUGUUGGAGUGAACCAAAUAGAUCUGCUCCCUACUGAAAUUAGUGCAGAUUUGAUGUGUGGUAAAAGAAUGAUUCUCACAAAGCAAUACCGGUGUAUUCACUCGGCAAGUUGUGUUUGUACAAAAGGGCACCUCACUGAAGAAAUCAUUUUCUUAGUUUUCAACCAUUUGAAUUGGAACCCUAAAUUGAUCGCGGCACUUUCUUGUUCUUGCAAAUGGUUUGAUGAUCUUGCCAAACGAGUUCUUUGGAAAGAAUUCUGCAAGACACGAGCUCCUAAGAUGAUGCUUGAUUUGCAGUCUAGUGGAAGUCAUAGUGUAGAUGGGAACUGGAGGGCCCUUGGUAAGCUACUCAUAUAUUGCUCUGGAUGUAAAAAGGAUGGGUUGUUCAACAGUACUCACAUCCCAGGUCACUUUGUCUACCGAACACGGUUCUCAAGGACAUCAGGGAAGAGCUUUCUAUUACCACAAUGCAGAACAGAUGUCUUAUAUGUGUCUGAUCCUUGUGAGCAUCUAGACCAAGGGGAUGAAGGCGAUAUUGGAUUUUUUCGUGGAAUAUUUAAAUCCUUUGCGACAUCAAAGGUCAGGAAAAUGCUUAUAAAGAGAAGCGCUCCGCUGCAUCCAACAGAGGUGUGCCCGUAUUGCAAGGCAAAGCUGUGGAACAUGCUGGCAGCAAAGAUGAUACCAUCAAGUGCCAGCUGCCGGCUGGGUGCUUAUGAAGAUUGCAUUGAGUAUUACGUGUGCCUUAACGGCCAUGUACUUGGGAUUUGUACCCUCUUGCCCUUGUCUGAUACAGAUGAAGCAUCCGAAGAUUGACAAUUUGCCACUGCAUUUUAUCAAAGAAUUUGAUGCGCAAUUGGGUUGUGGAAUUGUGGUGGAUGCUGCAUGGAGAACAAAAGAGAGUGACUCAAGAUGACAGGCAGUUUAGUAGGACUCACUCCGGCAGAUGAGAUUCUAUUUACUCCAAGGUGCUGCUGUGGAAACUUUUCUUCCUAUUAGCAGGAUGGCAAAGUGUUAUUGUCUUCACCAUUGUUUUUGACAAUGUCGUGCUGUAAACCCUGUACCUAUUUUGUAUGAUGAAUGAAUUCCAGUAAUGAACUAACCUGCAAGAAGGAUAUGUAAUACAAGACAUAUUGAUUUGUUCUCUAUUAGUUGACAUCAUUUGACUUCAGACUUGGGAAGUCCUCUCUUCCCUGUGUCCGAUGGA